AUGAGGAAGAGAAUGGAAGAUCUACUUAAAAGGACGUCCAACACGGAAGCAGAAAUCGAAGAAUUAAAAAAGUUAAUCCAGCAGUUGGAAAAGGAUGCGGAUCCAAGCAGCCAAGGCAAAGCUACAGAUAUGAUUGUGAAUGAUCUAAAAUCUCAGAAUGACAGAUUAAGAUAUCGAAUUUAUCAUUUGAAUCUGAGUAUCAAAAAGGAAGAGGAAGCUCUGCAAGCUUCAAAGCGUAAAGCUAUGCCAAAUAUUCAAAAGGUCGUACAAGGAAUUUUUGAACAGGCAAUCGUAAAAGCAUUUCCAGAUGUAUCGAUUUCUGCAAUCGUACACUCUUCUACUCAAGAAAGAUUUGGAGAUUACCAAUGCAAUAAUGCUAUGAUCCUUUCAAAGGUGUUGAAAGAAAACGGUAAAUCUUUAUCUCCACGUAGUGUUGCUGAACAGAUUAUUCAGCAUCUCCCAGCGAAUGACGUAUUGGAAAAGACUGAAAUAGCUGGACCUGGUUUUAUCAAUAUCACUAUCAAGAAGCAUUUUAUCUUAUCGUUACUAAGCGACAUUAUCAUGUAUGGAGUAAGACCCCCGGUCAUGAAUCGAAAAAUGCGCGUUCUUGUCGAUUUUUCUUCUCCAAAUGUUGCUAAAGAGAUGCAUGUUGGACAUCUUAGAUCUACCAUAAUAGGGGACAGUAUUUCUAGACUGUUGGAAUUUGUCGGACAUGACGUUGUGCGAAUCAGCCACCUAGGUGAUUGGGGGACCCAGUUUGGAAUGCUAAUAGCUCAUCUUCGUGACACUUUCCCAAAAUAUUUAAACCAAUCACCUCCAAUCGCAGACUUGCAGGCUUUCUAUAAGGCUGCGAAAGUGCGAUUUGAUGAAGAUGCAGUAUUUAAAAAAAGAGCGUAUGAAGCUGUUGUGAAACUACAGGCCCGUGAAAGUGAUUAUUUUAAAGCGUGGGAGAUGAUAUGUGAUGUAUCAAAGAACGAAUUUGAAAAAAUCUAUCAGCGGCUUGGCGUGAAAGUAGUCAAUCGUGGUGAAUCUUUUUAUCAGGAUAUGAUGAUUGAUGUCGUUAAAGAUCUAGAUACACGAGGUCUACUUGAGCUUGAUGAAGGAAGAAAAAUAUUGAAAGUACCUAAUAUAAAAGUACCAUUAACGAUCGUUAAAUCAGAUGGAGGCUUCACUUAUGAUACCUCCGAUAUGGCUGCGAUGAGACAACGAGUUAUGGAUGAAAAGGCAGAUUGGCUGAUUUACAUUACUGAUGGAGGACAGGGCCUGCAUUUCGAGAUCAUAUUUUCAGCUAGCGAAGCUGUUGGAUACGUUAACAGAAAACACGUUCGCGUAGUUCAUGUUCCUUUUGGAGUUGUUUUAGGAGAAGACAAGAAAAAAUUUAAGACUCGAUCUACUGAUACCGUCCGCUUGGUUGAUCUAUUAGAUGAAGGAAUUCGAAGAGCAAAAGCAAAGCUAAUUGAUAAAGGAAGAGAUAAGGUUUUAUCGAAAGAAGAGUUGGAAGUUGCUGCUAAAGCUGUCGCCUAUGGGUGUAUCAAAUAUGCUGAUUUAUCGCGUAACAGAACAGGCGACUAUAUUUUCUCCUUCGAUAAGAUGCUUGAUGACAAAGGUAAUACGGCCGUAUACCUGUUAUAUGCUCUAACCCGCAUUAGGUCUAUUGCAAGAUUGGCUAAUGUUAGCUCUUCAGAACUGACGAAAGUUGCUGAAAGUGCUUCGAUUGAAUUUGAUCAUCCUAAAGAGUGGAAAUUAGCUAAACUAAUAUUACGAUUUCCUGAGAUUCUAGAGAAAAUUUUAGAUGACUUAUUGUUACAUCCGCUAUGCGAUUUUAUGUACGAGUUAUCUUGUACUUUUACUGAAUUCUAUGAUACCUGCUAUUGCAUUGAGAAAGAUAGGAAAACGGGCGAAAUUUUAAAGAUUAAUAUGAAUCGAUUAAUAUUGUGUGAAGCAACUGCUAUGAUUAUGGAAAAAUCUUUUCAUUUACUUGGCAUUGACGGUGUAGAUAAAAUGUAA